CCGGAUCCCGGAUGACAUAUACACGCACACAUUCAUGUUUUUGAUUGUGUAUUGCUUCAUAAAUAUUUUUCGCCUACGAUAGCCAUGCAGGAGACAACCUGCGCUAGAUUUUUAAUAAAAUAAGUAGUUUUAAUAAUAUACAAAUUAUGGAGCAGGCUAAAUCUAAUUCGCCUAAGCUUUUUGUGUCGACCGCCAUAGAAAACAAGGAUGAAAUAGAGGAGCGGUACGAGAGGGCAUACAAUUUCUUCCAAUCUCUAGUCGCCGACUGCAGUGAAAAAGAAGCUCACGAUGCGCUCAAUAACGCAGUUUGUAAGAGUCAUGAGGAGGUGUCUCUCGGUAUGCUGAUGUCCAUCCUUACAGAACCGCAUAAUGCAGUGAAGUGCUACAGAGAUCUAACACUUGUUACUAGAGAUGGACUGACUUGCGUGCUCAACAAUCUCUCCAACUUGAUCUUAGAAAGGUACUUGAAAUUCCAUGAUAUAACUCGCAAUCAAUUACUAUGGCUAGUGAAGGAAAUGAUACGAAAUGCCGUGACGGGCGUGGAUAGUGUCUGUUGGAAUUUAAUGCGAUAUGCUUCUGGAGGUGACAUCACCCCAAAAAACAUAUACUUAGUAGAAUCUCUUCUCGACAUUUACAUUGAGAACCGAGCAUGGCUAGAUAAAUUUCCUGUACUUAUUUGUAUGGUUGUGUAUACAUAUUUGAGGUUGAUAGAAGAUCACAACAUACCACAACUUAUGGCCUUAAGGCAGAAGGAAGUGAAUUUUGUUAUUGCUCUAAUAAGAGAAAGAUUUUCAGACAUACUGACUUUGGGUAGAGAUCUUGUGCGCCUGCUGCAGAAUGUAGCUCGCAUUCCAGAGUUCAACCAGCUAUGGCAAGAUAUUUUAACAAAUCCAAAGUCACUAUGUCCUACAUUUACAAGUGUGUUACAAAUUUUACAAACAAGAACGUCCCGAAGAUACUUACAAUCAAGACUUACACCUGAUAUGGAGAGAAAAUUAGUGUUCUUGACUUCCCAAGUGAGGUUUGGGCAUCAUAAAAAGUAUCAAGAAUGGUUUCAACGCCAAUAUCUGGCAACACCUGAGUCGCAGUCUUUAAGAAGUGAUAUGAUUCGAUUUAUUGUUGGGGUUAUACAUCCCACAAAUGAAUUACUUUGCUCUGAUAUCAUUCCAAGGUGGGCUGUAAUCGGAUGGCUUCUCACAACAUGCACAUCUAAUGUUGCUGCAUCAAAUGCAAAACUUGCAUUGUUUUAUGAUUGGUUAUUCUAUGAUCCAGAAAAGGAUAACAUUAUGAACAUUGAACCAGCUAUCCUGGUAAUGCAUCACUCUAUGAGAUCUCACCCAGCCGUAACUGCCACUUUGUUAGAUUUCUUAUGUCGAAUCAUUCCAAAUUUUUACCCUGCAUAUUCUGAUAAAGUGAGACAAGGCAUUUUUAAUUCUUUGCAACAAAUAAUUGAGAAACGUGUUUUGCCUAAUUUGCAUCCACUGUUUGAUUCACCUAAGUUGGAUAGAGAAUUACGUACAACUGUGAGAGAAACAUUCAAAGAAUUUUGUACAAAUGGGAAUGGUGAAGGUGCUUCAGGCAUAAAAGAAGAAGGCAAUGAGGAAUUACCUAGAGGCGGGCCUGAAGAACCAGCAUUUUCUGAUGAGGAGGAUGAUCCACCCCCAAUCAUUGCAGAAGACACUGAUGACGAUGACUUGCCCUUAUCAGAAGUUCGGGCACGGGAGCGCCCAGAACUGGCUGCUGCACUGCCUUUAUUGUUACGCCCUCUAGCUGAAACACUGCUAGAUGAGCGAACAUCUGCUGCAGCCUCCGCAUUACUUAGUGCUUGUAGUUCACCCAUGCCAACGUCGAUAGCCCUGUCCGACUUAUUCGUGGCAGUUAUACAAGAAUCACCGCCUCUUCGCGUUAGUAGUAAUCCUAACUUAGCAGAACUUGAAACUGCUUUAGAUUCCCCAUUAUUUGCGAUGUUCACUUUCCUAACAGGUGCUGAAGAUAAACGCAAAUUAGUUCUCGAAACUUUGAAGGAACUUCGUGGUCAAGGAAUUCAGAGUGUCGGCUACAGUUUACUAUUUUACUUAAGAGUCUGCUACGAACGGGACAGGCGCGCCGAACGCGACGCAGUCAAAAGAAGAAAUGUUAAGUUCAAAGCAGAUUUGUACAAAGAAUAUUGUAGUUAUAUGGAGUUAAAAGUUGGCGAAAGUAUAGCAGACGACUUUGAAAAAUGCCAGGAGGGUGACGCAAAUGUUUUAGUAUUGUUGAUACCAGAUGUUUAUAGAGAGUUCAAAGAUCUAGCACAAAACCACAUUAGACUGUUGCACGCGAUCGUUUCAACGCUAGAUGCAGCUCAACUGCAGCGCCUAGUGUGUCUCACUCUACAAGGAACACUCAUGAUGUUCAAAUCUGAUGAUAUAACGACGAUGCUGUCCACCAGCCUUACCUGGGAAACUUUCGAGCAGUAUUGCCUAUGGCAGCUUUUGACAGCACACGAUAUAUCAGUAGAAGAUGUCUUGCCGAUCAUUCCGAAAUUGUCUUAUAACGAUCACGCGGAAGCGAUGACGUCAGUACUGCUGAUGUUAAAGCAAGAGAGACCCACUGCCGACGUGAUAAGACAAUUGUUUUGUAGAGCAAUUGAUGAUGAAGAUACUUUUGUAGUUUCAACUUUAAUGUACUGGUGUCAAGACUACGAGGAUAAAGUUGGAGACUUGGUGUCUGUCUUACUGAGCACGCGGUAUCCAGGCACAAGUCCCAACAAGAGAAAAAGACCCGGAAAGCACAGCAUCCCUCCUAAUGCUCCACCUUCUGCUGAGUUGGUCCUUGGACAUUUGGAACAGAUGAGAAUUUGCUGUGUAGAACAGGAUGACAUGUCAAUUUUCAAUAUGGAGUGUAUGCAGAAAGCUUUACAGCAAGCACAGUCGAAUAGUAACGAUAGUUUAAGGAGACAAUAUGGCGACUUAUUUUCUCUGGCGUGGGAGGACGAAUUGCCUAUUUCAAGGCGGGCUAGGAAAUUAGUUACGAAUUCAAUGCCAAUAAACCAAAACUUGCAAUCGUCUAAUGAAGAUAGUGAGGAAGAGGAGAUUGUGAAGCCUAAACAAGCGAAACGGCGAAAGAAGGCGAUUUCAGAUAGCGAUUGACAUAUCUCAAAAAAGAAUGGUAAUUUUAGACACCAAAGUGCAACUCUACAAUACAAUAAAUAUUGAUAUGUGUAAUUAAUUACUAUAAUAAUUACAUAAUAGUCUGUUACCUUAUGUUUAUCACAUAGGUGCGAUUCCAAGAAUGGUACCUUAGUUAUUGUCACAUUUUGUUUUUUUGCCUCGUAUUGUGUAAAUGUUAUCGACCUCAUGGUUUCAAAGUGAUUUUGUCAUAGCUGGAAAGUCUAUUGUGAAUAAUUAAAUGAACUCCUUUCACUGUAAAGCAUGGGGUCGGACUACGUUGUAAGAACAUGUACAAUCUUAGGACUUGAACACCAACAGUAAGGAUAGUAAAAUUUUUCCACAAUUUUGAAAGCUUGUAAAAUGGGGUAUUCAAGUGUGUUCUUAUGACGUCAUGUGCAUUGUAAAUUUUUAGCACCAAUGUAGUAGUUACAUUUUGUAAAGUUAGGUAUCCUAAUGUUGUACAGAUUUUUUUAUCCCCCCAUACAGUGUUGGACUUAUUUUAAGUAUAAGGUAAGAGACCAAGAUUUUAUUCAAAGGAUAUAUUGUAUUGAUGCAAUUUUCGAAAUACAUUUUACACUAGGAUCAAUAAAGUAUUUCCCCUUUUA